AGUCACACCUAGAGUUUAUGCGUGAUUUAACUAUGCAUUUUGACUGUUGGUGCUCAGCGGCCGGGGUUGACUCCUUUGAAAAACUCCGUGAGUUAGUUAUUUUGGAGCAGUUUAAAGACUCUGUGUCAGAGUGUAUCGCUACGUAUAUUAGUGAGCGUGGAGUUAAGUCGAUUGGUGAAGCUGCUGCUCUGGCUGACGAUUAUUUUUUGAUUCAUUCUUCAAGAGGUGGCGCUGGUCCUCAUGAAGCAAGGGCAAGUAGGCAGUUUGUGGAUAGGAGUGGUGUUUCAGGGGAUUCAGAAAAAAUCUGUAAUUACUGUCAUAAGCGAGGUCACUGGAAAAAUGAUUGUUAUGCUCUUAAAUCUCGUCCACAGCAAGCUUUUCCUAAAGCUAAUCCAGCUAUGUGUGCUGUGUCUGUUGCUGGCCAGGAGGUAGGUGGAGUCACUGAAGGCAAUCUGGAGUUGAAAUCUUAUUUGCCUUUUAUUACGGAAGGUUUUGUGUCUUUAAAGGGAAGUAAAGAGCAGGUGCGCAUAAAGAUUUUACGUGAUACUGGGGCGUUUGACUCAUUUAUUGUAGCUGCAACAUUGCCAUUUUCAAAUGACACCUUUGUGGGCUCAAGCAUCCCUGUUGUUGGAAUGGGGUUAAAUGUUUUGAAUGUACCACAACACAAAAUGAUGCUGCAUUGUAAUCUCUUCCAGGGCGAGGUGUCUGUUGGUGUGCGUCCAGCAUUACCUGUGGAUGGUGUCGCUAUGAUCCUGGGUAAUGACAUCGCCGGUGAUAAAGUAUGGGCUGACGUAUCUCCGCCUGCCAGGGUGACGGUGACUCCUCUGGAGUGCAGUAAGCCUGAUGAGAGUGAGCACUCUACAGACUCCUAACCAACGGCUGAUGCGCUGGGCUCUUCACCUCCAGUCCUACACUUUGGACAUUCGGCAUAUCAAGGGGCGGGACAAUGUGGUGGCAGACGCUUUGUCCCGGGCUCCAAGUGGUUAGGUAAGAUGUGCCUUCUUAAAAAAGGUUACAAACUUUCUGUUUUGGGAUACCUGCAGCUCAAGGGAAACCCUAGGGGUCCCUGUUUUGUUAG